AUGAGAAGUCAAUGUAAGCUUACAGAUCAAAAACAUGUUUAUAAUGGAUAUUGGACUGUGGGAGCUCAGGUGCUAAAACUUAGAUACUGGGAAAAGAAUUUUAAACCUGAAGAACAAAAAUCGUCUACUGCAUUUGUUUGGGUUCAAUUACCUGGUUUGAGUUUAGAAUAUUGGAAGGAACCAAUUGUGAUGUUGAUUGGGAGAGCUAUUGGUAGACCAUUAUAUGUUGAUGAAACCACUCUUAAGAAAGAGAUUGGUUAUUAUGAAAGUGUUUUAGUUGAAAUUGAUUUAGCAAAAUCUAUUCCAGACAAAAAUGUAGAACAAAAGGAGGGUGUAACUUCACAGACUGAUCUUGAAAUUGGGGUGCAGAUACCACAAAGAAAAACUUGGAAAUAUGUACCCAAAGAAAUUAAAAAUACAGUUCAAGCAGGUUUUGAUAUUUGUCUUACUCCAAAGGAGAAAGAGUCAUUAAUUCAUGAGGAUUUGUUGAGUGAUAAUGAGGAAAAUGAUGCAGUUAUACCUCCUUCAAGUAACAGUGCAAAUAGCAUUCCUCCUAAUUUGGAGAUUGCUAGUACUUCUAAAAGUGGCACAAAGGGUGAUAAUUUAGUGACACAGAAUAAUGUUGGUGGAGCUGAGGUCCAAUUUGGUAAUUUUACUGCACUUGGUUCUCCAAGUAAAUUUCAUGUGUUGGUUGAUGUGGUUGAAGAGAAGUUUGGUGUGAGUAAGGAUAAAUUUGAUAAAGCUACAACAGAUUUGAGCAAAGCAGUAAAAGUUGAACCUAAAGUUAGAGUUUCUGGUAAUUAUGUUAAAAAUUUGAGGUUGCCCGGUAAGAAUCAAAUGGUAAUUCAAAAUGCUUGUGAUGGUAAUAAGGCUAAUAUUUGGUUAUUAUGGCACUCUUCUCUUACUGUUCCUACUGUUAUAUCAUCUACAAAACAAGCAAUAACUGUCAAGGUUGGAGAAGUUCUUGUCAUUGGAAUUCAUGCAGCUUGCUUAACUUUGGAUAAAAGAGAAUUAUGGGAAGAGUUGAAGAAGAUACAUGAAAUGAAUUGUCCUUGGCUUGCCAUUGGUGAUUCCAAUGCAGUUUUGAGUAGUGAUGAAAAAGUUGGUGGUAGAAGACCUUUAAAAAUAGCUAAGCAGGAGUUUAGAGAUUGUUUAAAUGUUUGUGAUCUAAUACAAGCUCCUAAAUCUGGUAUCCAGUAUUCAUGGUGCAAUAAUAGAGUUGGGAAAAAGAGAAUUUUGUGUGAUUUGGAUAAGGCUUUUUUUAAUGUCAAUUAG